CUUUGCUGUCUCCACUUUGCUCCACCGUUUCAGAGCUGUAUGCACCUGGAAACAGUGCUCCUCCUUCUGACAAAUAAAUGAUCAGAAGAUCAAGAGUCUCCUAACGCUACGGCACAAUGUGUCAUUCACUUCACUUCAUCUCUUCAUUCUGCAUUUCAUCAUCUCAAGGCAUCGCAAGAGGGAGGGGGGAAAAUUAGAAGUAAUGAAUAAACCAGUGGAAAAACUUCAGAGAAAUGAAUGAUAAGUUUUGUUUUCCUAUAAUCUUUGUUUCAAAAUAUCCUUCAUACCAUGAACUUCAGUGAAAUAUAUGUCGGUUCCUGUGCUGAUGUAUGAAUACACCCACAGCAGAUUGCACAUACAAAACCUCGGUCAACAAAUAGAGAAUGGUUUCAUUGUCUGCAGUAGCAUUCCCUGAUUGGAAACAGUCCCUUGGGUAUUCAUUACUGAAGAUAAAUCCCACCCCUUGAAACUGCGGCCACCUCGCUCAUGAUACCAGACAAGACAUUGCUGGUGAAUCCAUUUGUUCUUCUCAGCUUUAGACCAACACAGGUGAUUAACCAGUCUUUUCCAGAUUAUUUUGGGAUCAUCUGAAAGCCUGGGGAGGCCCUGAUGUGCAUCUCCAAUAAGGGUGGCAAAAUGAUAAAAUUCACUCUCUUCUUCAGUCCGCGCAUAUGACGUAAUGUCUCCUCAAGUUCCAUCUCCUUCAGCGUCACAUGGAACGUAUCUCUCAGUCUGUUGUCAAACUACGAUGACAUGUCUGUAGCUAUCAGAAAGAGAAGCUGGGAAGAACAUGUGACCCAAUGGAUGGGGCAGCCUUUUAAUUCUGAUGAUUGUAACCCAGCAUGCCAUCAUGGACUAGUAGCUGACAGCUCCCAGGCAAGUAUGGAAAAAGAUGCAACUUUAAAUGUGGAUCGCAAAGAGAAGUGUGUUUCACUGCCAGACUGCUGCCAUGGCUCAGAGCUGAGAGACUUUCCUGGGAGGCAAAUGGGUCACAUUUCAAAGGAGGUGGAUGAAAAUGACAGCCCCGAAGGUGAAGAUCAGUUUCUUUCUCUGGAGGCCAGCACGGAAACACUAGUGCACGUGUCUGAUGAGGAUACCGAUCCCGAUCCCUAUAUUACAGAUGAUAAACAAAUUUUAACUACGCAAGGACAUAAGAUACCAGACCAACAUACUAUCAGAGGAGCAGGCUCCUUAGUAAAGACACUGCCCGUCAUGGAAGGUAACCAAAGUAACUCCUGGAGAAUGGCUGGCGGAGCUGACUUGGCACUGGUAGAAGAAAAGAGGGGGAAAAAACCUGUUGACACUACAAGUAAAAGCCUGGAGCUUUGUAAUGAUAUAAGCUUAAGUGAAGUAAAAGAUGCAUCCCAAACAAAUGCAUGUGACUCUUCACAUGUGAAAGAUAUUGUGCCUGAGAAGCAAUUGCUUAAUUCGGCUGUAAUUGCUCAGCAACGAAGAAAACUUGACUUCCCUAAAGAUGAACAUGAAAGAAACACCUGCGGUGUAGUACAGGAUGAGUUCUUGGCUAUUCCUCACAAGGGCAGAGGACUGCCAUUAUUAAAAGCAGAUUCUGGAAGCUGCCUUCUGCAACCUCCUUCCUGCCCUGAUGGAAUGUCAGCUGAAAAUGGCCUAGAGAAGAGUGGUUUCUUAGAACAUCAAAACAAAUGUCUUCCAAAGGUCAACUCAGAAGAUGGCAUGCAGUGUUUACACUUAAAGGAGACUCUGGCCACCCAGGAACCCACAGAUAAUCCGGUCAGACUUCGCAAAAGAAAGGAAAUAAGAGAAGAUCGAGAUAGGGCGCGGCUAGACUCCAUGGUGCUGCUAAUUAUGAAACUGGACCAACUUGAUCAGGACAUUGAGAAUGCCCUCAGCACCAGCUCUUCUCCAUCCGGCACACCAACAAACCUGCGGCGGCACGUUCCUGAUCUGGAGUCAGGAUCUGAAAGUGGAGCGGACGCCAUUUCAAUGAAUCAGGCGCCAACAAAUUUGUCUUCUAACACCGAAUCCAGUGACCUACCAUCUUCCACCCCAGUGGCCAGUUUUGGAACCAAACCCAAGUCUACGGCUAUUCCAGGUAUUUCAGAGAAGGAAACGGCUGAAAUUGAAGCCAAGGAAGCUUGUGAUUGGCUACGGGCAACAGGUUUCCCCCAGUACGCACAGCUUUAUGAAGAUCUUCUGUUCCCCAUUGAUAUUUCCUUGGUCAAGAGAGAGCAUGAUUUUUUGGACAGAGAUGCCAUUGAGGCUUUAUGCAGGCGUCUAAAUACUUUAAACAAAUGUGCGGUGAUGAAGCUGGAAAUUAGUCCUCAUCGGAAGAGAAGUGAGGAUUCGGACGAGGACGAGCCCUGUGCAAUAAGCGGCAAAUGGACUUUCCAGAGGGACAGCAAGAGGUGGUCCCGGCUGGAAGAGUUUGAUGUCUUUUCUUCAAAGCAGGACGCAGCCCCCGGGGCCCCCGACGAUGCCCACCUGAAGAACGCGGCGAGCCAUGAAAGCAUGCUGACGGACCUCAGCGAGCGCCAGGAGGUGGCCUCGGUCCGCAGCCUCAGCAGCACCGGCAGCCUCCCGGUGCACGCGCCUCACACCGGGGACGCGGCGACGCCCCGCACGAACUCCGUCAUCAGCGUGUGCUCCUCCGGCAACUUCGUGGGCAAUGACGACUCUUUCUGCAGCCUGCCCUCCCCCAAGGAACUGUCCAGCUUCAGCUUCAGCAUGAAAGGCCACGAGAAGAACGCCAAGUCCAAGACGCGCAGCCUGCUGAAACGCAUGGAGAGCCUGAAGCUCAAGGGCUCGCACCACGGCAAGCACAAGGCGCCUUCCAAGCUGGGGCUGAUCAUCAGCGGGCCCAUCCUGCAGGAGGGGAUGGACGAGGAGAAGCUGAAGCAGCUGAACUGCGUGGAGAUCUCCGCGCUCAACGGCAACCACAUCAACGUGCCCGCGGUUCGCAAGCGGAGCGUUUCCAACUCCACGCAGACCAGCAGCAGCAGCAGCCAGUCGGAGACCAGCAGCGCCGUGAGCACGCCCAGCCCGGUCACCAGGACCCGGAGCCUCAGCGCCUGCAACAAGCGGGUGGGCAUGUACCUGGAGGGCUUCGAUCCAUUCAAUCAGUCCACGUUCAACAACGUUAUGGAACAGAACUUCAAGAACCGCGAGACCUAUCCAGAGGACGCAGUGUUCUACAUCCCGGAAGAUCACAAGCCCGGCACCUUCCCCAAGGCGCUCUCCAAUGGCAGUUUCUCUCCAUCAGGGAAGAACAGCUCCGUCAACUGGAGGACUGGAAGCUUCCACGGCCCGGGCCACAUCAGCCUGCGGAGGGACAACGGCAGCGACGGCCCCAAGGAGCUUAAGCGACGCAAUUCGUCCAGCUCCAUGAGCAGCCGCCUGAGUAUCUAUGACAACGUGCCUGGCUCCAUCCUGUACUCCAGUUCGGGUGACCUGGCCGACCUGGAGAAUGAGGACAUCUUCCCCGAGCUGGAUGACAUCCUCUACCACGUGAAGGGGAUGCAGAGGAUAGUCAACCAGUGGUCGGAGAAGUUUUCAGACGAGGGAGACUCCGACUCAGCCCUGGACUCGGUCUCUCCGUGCCCGUCGUCUCCCAAACAGAUACACCUGGAUGUGGACAACGACCGAGCCACACCCAGUGACCUGGACAGUACCGGCAACUCACUGAACGAGCCGGAAGAGCCCUCUGACAUCCCGGAAAGGAGGGAUUCUGGGGUUGGGGCCUCUCUGACAAGGUCCAAUAGGCACAGACUGCGAUGGCACAGUUUCCAGAGCUCCCAUCGGCCAAGCUUAAACUCUGUAUCGCUGCAGAUUAACUGCCAGUCUGUGGCCCAGAUGAACCUGCUGCAGAAGUACUCGCUCCUAAAGUUAACCGCCCUGCUAGAGAAGUACACGCCUUCGAAUAAGCAUGGUUUUAGCUGGGCUGUGCCCAAGUUCAUGAAAAGGAUCAAGGUUCCAGACUAUAAGGACCGGAAUGUGUUCGGGGUCCCUCUGACGGUCAAUGUGCAGCGCACAGGACAGCCCCUGCCCCAGAGCAUUCAGCAGGCCAUGCGCUACCUCCGCAACCACUGUUUGGAUCAGGUUGGGCUCUUCAGAAAGUCGGGUGUCAAGUCCCGGAUUCAGGCUCUGCGCCAGAUGAAUGAAAGUGCCAUAGAUUGUGUCAGCUAUGAGGGACAGUCUGCUUAUGAUGUAGCAGACAUGUUGAAGCAGUAUUUUCGAGACCUUCCUGAGCCACUAAUGACGAACAAACUCUCGGAAACCUUUCUACAGAUCUACCAGUGUGUGCCCAAGGACCAGCGCCUCCAGGCGAUCAAGGCCGCCAUUAUGCUCCUGCCUGAUGAGAACCGGGAGGUUCUACAGACGCUCCUUUAUUUCUUGAGCGAUGUCACGGCCGCCGUCAAAGAAAACCAGAUGACCCCCACCAACCUGGCUGUGUGCCUAGCGCCCUCCCUUUUCCACCUCAACACCCUGAAGAGAGAGAAUUCUUCUCCAAGGGUGAUGCAAAGGAAACAAAGCUUGGGUAAACCAGAUCAGAAGGAUUUGAAUGAAAACCUCGCUGCCACGCAGGGGCUGGCCCAUAUGAUUGCCGAGUGCAAGAAGCUCUUCCAGGUUCCCGAGGAAAUGAGUCGAUGUCGGAAUUCCUACACAGAACAGGAGCUGAAGCCCCUCACUCUAGAAGCACUGGGACGCCUGCGUAACGACGAGUCGGCUGACUACCAGCACUUCCUCCAGGACUGUGUGGAUAGCCUGUUUAAAGAAGUCAAGGAGAAGUUUAAAGGCUGGGUCAGCUACUCCACAUCAGAGCAGGCUGAACUGUCCUAUAAGAAAGUGAGCGAAGGACCGCCUCUGAGGCUUUGGAGGUCAACCAUCGAAAUCCCUGCUAUGCCUGAGGAGAUCUUAAAGCGCCUACUUAAAGAGCAGCACCUCUGGGAUGUAGACCUGUUGGAUUCAAAAGUGAUUGAAAUCCUAGACAGCCAAACUGAAAUUUACCAGUAUGUCCAAAACAGUAUGGCGCCCCACCCUGCCCGGGACUACGUUGUUUUGAGAACAUGGAGGACUAAUUUACCUAAGGGGGCAUGUGCCCUUUUACUCACCUCUGUGGAUCACGACCGGGCACCUGUGGUGGGGGUGAGAGUCAAUGUGCUCCUGUCCAGGUAUCUGAUCGAACCCUGCGGGUCAGGGAAAUCCAAACUCACCUACAUGUGCAGAGCCGACUUAAGGGGCCACAUGCCGGAGUGGUACACAAAAUCUUUCGGACAUUUGUGUGCAGCUGAAGUUGUGAAGAUCCGAGACUCUUUCAAUAAUCAGAACACUGAAACCAAAGACCCCAAAUCUAGGUGAUUACUGAAGCCAAGCGACUGCGUCCGCCAUCUGGAUAGUUGUUUCUAGAAUUCUUGCCAGUCCUUGGAAGAAUGCGUUCUGAGUCUAAUCUGAAACAAAGCAAACGACAAGUUGGAGUGUAGGAAUUGACUUUUCGUGAUUUAAGACAUUUUCAAAGCUGCUUCCUGUUUGUUUAAGGUCUAGAGUACAGACCUUGACUGGAAUAUGUAAGACUGUGCAAAAAAAAAAAAAAAAAAAAAAAGUAUUCUUAUCCAAACUGCUUCUGAGAAGCAAAACUAUAAAUACAUCACGAAAAAUAGUGAAGAUACUUCAUUCUCUUGUGAUUCUGGCGUAUGUGUACCUAUGUCAUUUUAUUCGCGGCGUGCUGAGGGACUGGCGUAUCCACUGGAAUAGUUGGUACUCUCUGACAUGUUUCUCACUGAGAUGAGCAAAGAAAGGUUUGCACAGAGGAGUGUGUGUAUGUGUGUUUGUCGCUGGUCGAAUGGCACAGAUGUAUACGUUGGAACACAGUGUCUGGCACACUGAGAUGCCUCCCAGGAGGAUACCGAUGCGUCAGGUUCAGUUUAACCUGGAAUAUCUGACUGCCCGUGGAUCCAUCCAGAAAGGGAACCCCAAAACCCUUGCCCACUUGUUUUUUUUCCAAGUCAUUAAGCACAUUCCUUUUUUUUUACCAACCUCCUCUUCCCUUAAAGUAAUUGUAGUAGCUUGAUUCCGCUGUCCCGUCUCAAACACAGUAAGUCUUCAGAUCUGAUUGCAAAUAGUGAUGGACUUUUUACCCAGGAUCGAUCAGGUCAGGGAAGAAACUCCGUCCCACCCCACCCCCUCCCCCACCCUUACUAGCUCCAGAGCACAGUUUUAUUGUGUGUUUUUGUUUGUUUUUUAAGUCGAGAUGUAACGACUGAACGCUCUAACAUCUCCUCAGUCGAGCCCCAGAACUUUUUACCUGCUGGAAUUUUUUGCAUUUUCAUGUUUCGAACCCAAACUCUUGAAGACAUACUGAAAACAUAGGAAACUACGUCUGUCCCAAGGAAAUCCCUGUAAAUUUAAACCAAGGUAUUAAAAUUUAACAACAGGCGUGGAUUCUGGUUAUUCAUAGCGCUUCUGAAAGCUGCACAUACUUAGUAAUUGGAUCUGUCCUUUUCAGCAAAUAGGUUUUCUGGUUUUGUGACUUUUUUUUUUUUUUCCCUCGGCUUUGUUUUCCCUACGUUUCUUUUUCUUCUCCUUUAUAAUGAUGCCCCUGGAAUGUAUGUUAGCGGUAAAUGAAAAUAGCUAUCAUAGAAAGAAAACCCAAAAAAAAUGCCAGCACCGUUUUUUGGAAGGGUGGUCUUUAUACAGGUUUUACCGUAACCAUGAAGAUUGACUCAUGAGACAGUAUUAGUGACUUUAUUUUGUAUGGAUCAAAAGUGAAUAAUGUAUGAAUGAGAGUUGUAAGAAGGAGUUUUAUUUUGUUAUAACAUAUUAUAGUUACCAUUGUCAGUGUUAUUUCAAAGGUUCUUUGAAGAAUUUGCAGCGGGGGAAGAUUAGAGUUUUAAAAUUGGAGUAUUUUGGAUAUCAGUGUUCCUCAUGAAGAUAUACUUGUAUAUGCAAUUUUAAUAGCUUUCAGAUUUGUAAGAUUGUAUGUUGUAUAUACCAUUCUAUUAAGAUAAAGAAACAUGUCCACAUGUCCACUGUGCUUUCAAACCUAGAUAAAGCAUGACAAAAAUUAUUAUUUAAAAUAUACUUGUAUUUAUACCUCAGAUAUUCUUUUGGGUUUUGUACCUCAAUGCUUUUUUUUUUCCUGAUGUAAAUACACUUUACCUGAAUACAGUCUAAGUAAAAAAAAAAAAAUAAAAGAAGAGGUUUAUAACUUGCUCUAUAUCUGUACAGAAUAUAAUCCAUAAGUGCACUAUUAAAUGUUUAAAGUAAGGGAAAGGUCUGGCCUGCUUUCCUUUGUAUCACAUCUCACUCCUACCCUUAGAACCACAGAUUGCAAAGCAUAUCAUCCUGGCAUCAGCCAAAAUGAAAAUCAGAUUUGCUGAAGGAAAAAUAGGACUGCAAAUAAUUUCAAGGCCAAACUGCAACUGAGCCACUCACUAACAAACAGGAAACCCUAGUGAAGGUUCAGGAAGCAUGGAGAUGCUGUCCUCACAAAGGUCGUUUGGAAAGGAUGCUGAGAAAGUUCUAAGAAUAAGGAACCAGGAAGAGUAAGAUGCUCAUAUAAGCAAAGCCAAGGUCACCGUUUAAUUCCACAAAAGGUCUCUUUCCCACUGUUCAGCUUUCCUGUGGAAAGGAUUCCUUAACAUAUUUGACAACAGGAGAAUUCAGAGGAUGUGAAUGUUCCAAGAACUCUGUGUAAGUCACCUAAAGUGAUACUGCCACAACUUACUAAUUGUGACUCAUCACCUAGAUUGUAAGCUCUUUGAGGGCAGGGCUCUCCUCCACAUCUUUAUAACCCCCUACAGCAGCUUUCAGCGUUUUGUACUUGUAGGCACCUAAUAAAUUUAUUAUUUGCUAAAUGGAA